AUGAGUCUGUCCGGGAAGCAGCGGUUCUCCGCCAACUCUUUCUCCGGGUUCGGGAGCCGGAAGAUGGCAUUGUCCUCCGCCGGGGGUUCGUCAAUGCGCUCCAGCUUCGGGAGCAGAAUGGGCAUUGGGGUCGGAGGAGGAGGCGCUAGUGUCGGAUUCGGGAAGGGCUUUGGAGACGGUGGAGGAGGAGGGUUCAGGAUGUCAUCCUCCAGCCACAUGGCAGGUCUGGGGAGUGGGAUGAGCACCGGUGGCAGCGGGAUGUUCGGUGGCGGUGGAGGCGGUGGAGGAGGAGGUUUCGGGUACGGUGGAGGUGUUGAGGACACGUCCCUCGGGUUCGCCGGUAACGAGAAGCAGCACAUGCACAACCUGAAUGACCGCCUGGCAACCUACAUGGAGAAGGUUCGUCAGCUGGAGGCCACCAACCACCAGCUGGAGGAGAAGCUGAAGACCUUCACCUUCAACAAGGUGGAGGCGCACGACCUGACCAUCUACGACGCAACACUCAAACCACUCCUGGAGCAGCUCAUGGGUUUCCUGAUACAGAACACUCAGAUUGCUGUGGAGAUCGACAACGCCAAGCUGACUGCUGACGACUUCAGAGUCAAGUGGGAGAAUGAGCUGUCUUUGCGCCAGUGUGUGGAGGGGGACAUCGGGGGUCUGAGGAACCUGCAGCGGGAGUUUGAGAUGAACAUCACAGCCAUGAUGCAGGACCUGCAGGGGUACGAGAACGAACGGGUCUCCAUGGCGAAGAGCCAUGAAGAGGAGCUGUUGUCCAUGCGU